AUGGCGAACGUUGCAGUUUUCGAGAGCUGCACUGCCAGGUGCUCAAGCACGACCACUUGCGUGGCACUUAAUUACUUCCGCCGGACCAGCACUUGCACUUUGCUCAAGGACAAGUCUGGUAUAUCCAGCGCAAACGAUGACACGGAUUCCGCACAACUCAAUACCGGAGGCUCCUUUGCCUCAUUGCCACUCGAUGCUUCUGGCGCAUACAACCCGCCGAACAGUGAAUUCGCCUUCCAGGUCGCCACAAACAUGGUCUUCGGCUACUCGCCAUCCGACUUGACCAGGUCUGUGGCAACUACGAAUUUCGCAGAUUGCAUAAACCAGUGUGCGACCACUGAUCGCUGCGUCAUGGUGAAGCCGAAGUGGUUGCUCGAGAUCUCGCCCAACUACUACGACUUCGACAGCACAGCUUUGAGAAGGGUGAAGUAUAGACAUCACACGGAGGACGGCGCAGAAGAUGCAGCGGCGGUCGGGAGUUAA